AUGCUCCCUGCCCUCCACCGCUCGGGAGGGUGCCGGCUGCUUUUCGCAGCAAGCUCCACUGCCGCUGAGGUUGCCGGCCUCCAUCUGGCUACGGACCUGCUGGUGGAGAACCCUCCGGAUUCUCCAGCUGUGAUCCUCUGCGACUCGCGAACGGCGCUCCUGGCUCUUCGUCGACCGGAGGCCGCCAGCCUUGGCGUUGCCCUGCUGGCGGUAAAAAUUCGCGCCCUUGUUUCAAGUGGCUUGAAGCUGUCGCUACAGUGGCUCCCCUCUCACGUCGGCGUCCAGGGCAAUGAGGAGGCUAACGCCUUGGUAAAGGCUGCACACCAUGCUCCUGUACCAGUCAGCACCGCUGUAACUGCCUUUGAUUACACAAGGCGCAUGUUGCAGCAGCACCUAACGGCGCGACACCCGGAUCAACGCGUCGCCAGCGGUCGCCCUCCCCGUCCACUUCCUGAUCGUGGCCUCACCAUGCAGGAGCGGUCUCUCCUGCUGCGCCACCGGAUCGGCUGUUCCUGGACGGCUUUCCGGAAGCACAGCAAAGGCCUGGCUCCAUCCCCGGCCGGCUCAUCGUGCGGAGAGGAGGAAACAAUCGACCAUCUACUUUGUUUCUGCCCCGCCUUCUCCAAAGAAACGGCUUCUCUCUACACGUCCUUCCGACGCCUAGGACUUCCUACGGACGCAGAAUCGCAGCUGCUCUUUCCCGGUCGGCCCCAUGGCUCCGCGUUCAGGCACCUUCUCACAUUCCUGGAGGACACGGGGCUGUCGUGCAAGUUGUGA